AUGCACCCACGGCAUGCUCUUCGUCAUCUGGCUAUAGGACUGCGAUUUUCUAAAGCUGCAGCAGUACUAUGCUCCUCGAAUCUCCUAGUUGACGACUUCUCGCGGUUUUCUAAUAGGAGGAAUAACCUCGGACUAAAAGCAAGCGAUGACGGUUCUAUGACAUCGAUAUCCGUUCUUGGUGAUUCCAUCUCAUUUACACCCCGGCCAAUGUCCUACUUCUACGAGACCGUGCCCUGUGUCGACGCAGAGGCAUCCGGGUACGAGGCGCUCGCAUUUACUAUAAAAGCCCCCCAGGACGCAUCCAUCACGCUCGAGAUGCAGACGAUGGAGAACUGUUCAGUAGAAGCGUAUAAUAGUACAUGGAGAUAUGUUAUGAAUUUUACUGGUGAGCCCCAGAGGAUCGUGGCUCCUGUAAGCUCAUUCCGAGGGGCUAGGACGAGUGGCAUUGCCGCUUUUAAUUGGGCAACCUGGGAGUCGCAGAGUACGGGCUUCGUAUGGGAACUCGGCGACGUAGAGCUGGUUUGCGGUGCGACAUCUUAG